CUUUGACGAUAAACUAGUAAUUGGGUUGUCACCCUUUGAUGAAAAGGUAUACAAGGGUUGUCUCAAACAUAAUGAUGCUGCAACUGAUCAUACCAUUACUCCAUCCAAGGUUCACUUCAAUUCAAGGGCAAACUCUUGAGGAGACAAUAGAUCCAAUUCUGAAAGGAAAGAUUGCACCAGAAUGUUGCCAGGUAUUCACUAGUGUCAUGCAGAGAUGCUUGCAGCACGAACCAGAUGAGCGACCUACAAUGGGCGAAGUUGAGAUAUUGCUUGAGAAUGCUCUCUCAUUGUUGGAACAAGCUGAUAUUACAACCACCAAUGCUGCUCACUAUACUUUAUUAUCCACUACUUGUUUGUCCGAUAUAUUUUCAAGUUGUAUAAGUAAUGGUGAUCUGACCUUUGAUGCUUCAAUGGAGGAAGGCUCUUUCUCGGAAGUAAGUAGUGACUAAGGGCAAGUAUCAGCUGAAUUUCAUGUGUUUCCUUUGCUAAUCCUGCUUCUGUUUCCUUCUUUUAUUGAUUUUAUUGUUAUUGUUCAUGUCUUCAAAUAAAACUCUUAACGAGAAGGGUAUAUUAUAUAUCAGAUUU